AUGCCACCUCCUAAAUCCAGAAAAAUAGCGGUUAUGGGAUCUAGAUCAGUUGUCGAAAGUUAUUAUCCAACUAUUGAAAAUACAUUCAAUAAAACUAUAAGAUUCAGAGGUCAAGAAUAUGCAACAGAAAUUAUAGAUACAGCUGGUCAAGACGAAUACAGCAUUCUUAAUUCAAAUUAUUCUAUUGGUAUACAUGGUUUUAUUUUAGUUUAUUCAGUUGCAUCUAAGUCUUCAUUUGAUAUGGUUAAAAUUAUCCGUGAUAAAAUACUCAAUCAUACAGGGACUGAACAAGUGCCAAUUGUAAUAGUAGGAAACAAAAGUGAUCUUCAUAUUCAAAGACAGGUUACUCCAGAAGAUGGCAAGAGUCUUGCAUUAAAAUGGGGAUGUUCAUGGACUGAAGCAUCUGCACGUCAUAACGAGAACGUCGCUAGAAUUUUUGAUUUUAUUAUAUUAGAAAUUGAGAAACAGAUAAAUCCAAGCCAAUCAAGUGAAAAUAAGGGAUGUAAAAUUUCAUAA